UAGUCUAUCUUCAUGAAACAUGAAAUUACAGGAGCAAUCCUGGCGGCGUGAUUCCUUGUGAUAAAUCUUCUAUAUAUAAGAAGAAGUUGCUGUGCUACUCCUUACGCUUGGAAGCUUGAUCAUGGAAAGGACUACUCGAUCUUUAAACUAGUGUUAAUUUCACUUCGACAUUCGGAUUAGUAAACGUACAUCGCACUUUAUGCACGUGGUGGCAAAGCCAUUAUGCCAGAAAAAGAAGACACGUAAGAUUCCUCCUAUUCUCGCGUUUAGCGGUCGCGAGUAAAAGUAGUUCCAGCUGACAAACUUUGACCGGGAAGAUAUCACUGGGCUUUAAUCGUCGGGCCUAAAAGGGAGGGUAAAGAGUCACAAGGAACGCGUUUCCACGCCAAAGAGAGUAUGGUCUCUUCAUCUGGGAAACAAGAGUGGAAGUACGAAGAGGCGCCUAUUCGUCUCAUAGCCACGCAAAUGCUUCUGGUUCGAGUGAUGAUUGCGAAAAUCGAAGAUAAUGAUGGUGUGUUGCGGAUCCUGCGAGGGAUUCCUAUAAGAGGGGAGAAGGUUAGAAUUGUGUGGGAUGGGUGAGGGCGGCAUUAUUGGAGCUACGCAACGAUGGGAAGGUUUUAGGCACGUCUAUUGUGGAGUGGAUCACAGUUCGGGAUGCGGCCAUGGGCUAUUGUCAGAAGAAGAAGGAUGAGCAUCGUUUCGAUGGCGUGGUGGAGUGGAAGACUUAUAAGGCAGCAACGUUUAACUUGCUUGAUGGGAAGGAGAUGAUACCUUAGGGGCUUAUGGAUAAGUUCUACAUGCCCAAGAGAGAAAAAUGCCUCCUGGGACUGAGACCCACGAACAGGAUACCCGAUAGUCCCUACUGCAUUUCAACAAUGACAAUCUUUGGAUUUCUGAACUUAUUUGGGCAAUUCAGAUUCAAAAUGUGUGCUUGGCAAGGAUCAUUCCUCAACCCAAGUGUAUAUUCUCCGCCAUCUUCUGUACCGCAUCAUUCUAUCACGUUUGAAUGAAGGAGCUUCUCUGAUGAAUAUAGGGACAUUCAUUAGCAAAGAUUUACGCCAGCUCGUCUAGGACAGGGCACUAUCUACCAAUCCCCAUGGAGUAGAUAUCGUCAACCACUGGGAGACUGGAUAUGAAGAGUUUUCGGUUGAAUGGAUAGAAAUCGAGAUAUUGGCGUACGGCAUAUGAACUUUGUGUUAUACUCGGGCAUUGCGUUGGACGACGAGUGUGUGAUUUGACAGAAUUGGUCAACGUCGUGGACACUGGUGUACUCUUACCACGUAUGUCUCUCGUCUUUCCAAAAGAAUGAGAAGGGCAUAGGAAUAUGAGUUUGAGCUUCAGUCGGGUAAGUGGUAAGUGGUGAUAGAGUGUGGAGUGGUACAGUGGUUGUUGUCGGUGUUAACCUUGGCUUACCCCCACCUUUUCUAAACCCCGCUUAUGGUUACCUAAGCUUGUCAACUGAAUUCAAAAGCCUGUGCUUUCCCCCACACCGCC